GUCAUCAAUGGGUUGCCGGGCGAGACCAUUUCGAGUGCCACUUGAAAACGAUUUACACAAUAUUUGAGUUAGUUUUUAAUGCAUGAGGUGUUUUAAAAAACUUCUUUAAUCGAUUUACUAACAUAAACCGGGAAAUGUAUCGAAAAAAAAGAGUAUUAGAGGCGUUCGAUGUUAAGCCCUUUUGGUAUUAAUGAGCCGUAGCCACUUCAGCUGACUGCGUCGUACGCAAGGCUACUCCAACUAACUAGUAGUAGCCGGGCGUUCGAGGGAGGUGGUCGGCCGUUCAGACGCGGAGUGAUAUGCGGAUAUGUUAUUUAGGUGUAAAAUGGUUUUGGAACGUUUGCCAUAGGCGUGACGGCGUCUAGAUUGUAUUAGAUCGUAUCGAUAAGUAUUGCGGGAUAGUGAGCGGCCGCGAGAGGCCGCGCCGUGAGUGUGUGUGCAGUGGGGGACGAUCAGGUCGAGCCGAGGCUCAAUAAUGCUCAAAUUCCUGACUCAUAAGCUCCGAACGCAUUCGUUGAAUGAGGAGAACGUUACCGAGAAGGUGGAGGAGCGGGACUCCGGCACCGAGUCGGACGACGAGGCGGAGCGCGCCGACACCGGUGAAUACUGUGCCGACGUCAUCAUGAAGUGGAAUGACGUCACAGACAUCAGUAUGAGCGGCGAGUCGUGUGCGCCGCGCCCGCCCGCCCCGGAACCCGACCAGCUGUACGACCACCACUCCUCGGAGGAGGAACUCGAGGUUAUAAACGGCAGCACGGCGAGUGCUCCGGGAGCCGGAGCCGUGCCAGCAAGGGGCGAGGGCCGGCGGCGCGGGGCGUCGUCCCCGGCCCGCGCGGCGCCCGAGAAGCGGCGCUGGCCCGCACAGCCCUACCAUGACGACGAGCUGGCGGCCCGCGCGCCCUCUUCCGACGACGACGACACUAAGGUGGAGACGCCGGUCCGUUUCCGUACGUCGCCCCCGCUGGAGGCGCUGAAGCCCCGGCGUGCUCUGGGUGGAGGCGGCGAGUCAUGCGGGUGCGCGCGCGCCCCUUCAUCCCCGCGCCGUCGCCGUCUGCCGCUACCACCGCCCAGACGACACAGACCCGCACUGGACUUUGAUAAGAUGCAGCAGCUGAAGGUGGGCGGCGGCGGGGCGCGGUCGUGGCGCGCAGUGGGCGGCGGCGCGCGCGGAGGAGAGCUGUCCGUGUUCUGCUGGUGAGGGUCCGCCGGUCUUCGAGUUCCUUUAUUGCACUCAAAUAAUGAUCAAAGUACAAACUAAUACUAUACACUGGAGCGAGCGAGUCGCGCCGCCCGGGCCGACGGAACGUAGUUUUUGGAAAUAUUUACUCCUUUUGAAUACCGUUUUAUCGAUCGCCGCUCGCCGUGGGCGGACCUGGACCUGGAGCUGGACCCGGAGCUGCAGCGGGAGACGACCCACACCAUGAUCUCUGUCAGUUUAUCAUUUUUACUGUGAAUGUCAAUUGAGACGCUCGACGUUCGUGCAUGUUAUAUAUCGGUUGUACCUAGUUAUUAAUUAUGUUAGUAGUUUAUUUAGCGGGCUGAUCGAUAUUCUGUUGAUGUUGUUGUGUUACAAACGAAAAUAAGAUACGAUAAAAAUGUGGUGCGAGUGUGGAUACAGUGGAUCUAACGAUAGAGACAUUAACUAAUUUUCAAAUCGAUACGAUGGAAGUACUAAGACUUUUUUUAAAAAUCGCUUGGAUAAAGAUCGUAUGUACAUAGCGGUAAGUUACGUAGGGUUUAAGUGCAGUCUUAGAUGUAGUAGGUAUAACAAAUUGUAUGGCGAGUGAGCUCCUUCGUCGCGAGCGGUGGGGCUCGUGUGCUGCGGGGGCGGGCGGCGGUGGGCGGUGGUAGCCGGUCUCCGCUCCAUCCACAGUCCAUACAUAUCACGCAGGCCGACCGCCGCCCGCCCCCACCCUCCACUUACUAUAUUAUUUAUAUUAUGUUUUUAUAUACUGAAUUAACAAGCGUAAUAAAGAGUGAGCAAACGGCACAUCCUCA